AAAACCCAAGUCUGACAAAGUAAGAAACAGAAUUUUGUCAUCAAGAAUCUUUCCCCAGUUUGUUGCAUAUGCUUUGGAUUUAGUCGCCAAAACCAAAGGUACCCCCAAAGUUUAUAUAUAUUUACACGUUUUCUUGCAUGCCGUAGCAUCAAUAUUAGCCCCAACAUUUUUUUUUUCUCUUUGUUUCUUGGUGUGCCUCUAAUGGAGUGGAUUAGAGGACCUGCCAUAGGCCGUGGCGCCACCGCCACCGUUUCACUAGCCACCGCAAUCCCUUCCGGCGAGGUUUUCGCCGUUAAGUCCACCGAGUUAUGUCACUCUAUGUUCUUACAAAGGGAGAAUUAUUUGUUGUCCAAAUUAAGCUGUCCUCGUAUAGUUAAGUACAUAGGCUAUGAUGUUACAAAUGAAACAUGUAACCAGCCUAUGUACAAUCUCUGCAUGGAGUAUGUUCCCGGUGGCACGCUUUUCGAGGAAAUUCAAAGGGUUGGAGGAAGAUUGGAUGAAGGGAAAGUUCGAUUGUAUAGUCAGCAGAUUUUACAAGGUUUGGAUUAUCUUCAUGUUAAUGGGGUGGUACAUUGUGACAUCAAGAGCCAAAACAUUUUGAUAGGUAAAGAAGGUGCAAAUAUUGCUGAUCUUGGUUGCGCUAAAUUGAUGGGAAAAGUUGGUGAUAAUCAAGGUUUUGACACGUCAGCAUUUUCCGGUACACCGGCUUUCAUGGCACCAGAGGUGGCACGUGGGGAGGAACAGGGCUUUGAAGCUGAUAUAUGGGCUCUUGGAUGUACAAUUAUAGAGAUGGGUACUGGGAAUUCGCCAUGGCCGGAGCUGAAUGAUCCAGUGUCAGCUCUUUAUAAGAUUGGAUUUUCAGGUGAAGUACCUGAGAUUCCAAAGUGUUUAUCUGAGAAAGGUAAGGAUUUUCUUGGCAAGUGUUUGAGGAGAGAUGCAAAGGAGAGAUGGACAGCUAAAGAAUUGCUUCAACAUCCAUUUUUGGAAGAAUCAGAUACCCUUUUGAAGGAAGUAAAGGAAUCUACCAUGAAUUCUCCAAAUUCCGUCUUGGAUCAAGGUUUCUGGGAUUCACUCGAUGUGGUGGAAACUCCUAAGAAUUUGAUUCCUAAGGAGCUUUCCUUGAAUUCUCCGACUGACAGGAUCAAGAAAUUGCUUCAAGGCACUGAUCUGUCACCAGCUUCCAAUUGGAGUAGGACUGAAGAUUGGAUCACAGUUAGAAGCAGUGGCAUUGAAGAAAAAAAGGAAUGUUCUGAUGACAGCAAUGUUAUAGUAGAAGAUGAAUUUUCAUUUACAACUCCAUCAUUCCUGGAUUCUUUUGAAGAAGAACUUGAAAUUGAAAGCUUCAUCUUAGAUGAUGAUUUCUUCUUAGAAAAUCCUACAGAAAAUAUUAUUACUUUUAGCAGUAUUUUGUCAUUUGACAGUGUAACAGAUGAUAUCUUUGUAUUAGACAAUCUCAAUUUUGAGACAGUAAAUGAAAAUUCUUGUUCUAUUCCAAUCCCAUCUGUCAUCUUUGAUUCAUGUUCCUAUUUUCCAUGUUAAUUUCUCCAAAUUUUCCUUUUUCUGGCAGAAAUGUCCGGCCGGCGAUCAACUUCUUUGUUGCAGUUUUGAAAAGUAUGAGUUUUGAACAAAGUCAUCAA